AUGCAGUCUCCCAAAACGGUUUACUUCUUAAGCAAAAUAUCACCAGACAUCAGCUCGGCCAUCAACAGUACAUGGCCAUAUCCAAUUUAUUCAUCGGAACCAAAUUUAAGAGCAGUUGCAUGUUUCACUAAAAUAAAUAAGGAUUUACGACCAUUCACAUAUAGAAAAAAAACUCUGAUCAUUGUAAGUUUGACUGGAACUGUGAUGUAUCAUUUUACAUGUAAUGAUCAUGAUUAUUUAUACACUGGAAAAUUGUGCAUAACGUCCAAUAUUUUAAACAGUUCAUACAUCAAAGAUUUAGGGGAGAAAGAACAGAUUGAUACUUUAAUUUGUGACAGUUCUAUUAUUGAUGUUCCUGUUGAUUUUAAUGUGCAAAAUGCUGCUGAUAAGAUUGAAAGUAUCAUCAGGAAUUAUUCAAACAUGAAAAUAGUUAUUAGCAUGGAUACUUUUGGAAUGGAAGAUUUGCUAUUUGAAAUAGCCUGUCGAGGAUACUCUGUAUACACUGGGUGUUCCAGAAAUGCUUUUUUGAGAAUCCAAAAUGCUGAUUCUUAUUUUACAACUUCUAGAGAUGCUGUUUUAAGAGUUGUCAAUAAAGCAUUUUGUGUGAACAUCGAUGAUUGUUACAGGCGUUAUAUGAAUAAAAACAUAAUAACAAUAAUACCAUCAGCAAAGUAUUCUGUUAAAGAAAUGUUGGACUUGAGAAAAGUUGGUGUACACAUUGUUAACUAUGAAGAUCGGUCAACUGCACAAGCUUUGUAACAUUUGAUCAAAUUGGUUAAACCGAUUCGUCUAAAAAGUUCUACCAAAGGUGAAAGUUUUAAAUUGAAAACUUAUGGACGGUUAUGUAGAAGACCAAAAGUAUUCCCAAGACUGUCUGAGACUUCAAUACAUUGUAAUGAUGAUCAGAAGGAGUUACACAGUGGUGUUUUGUUAAAUGAAAUUGCUGAAGAGAAAACUGUUGAACCAGUUAAGCAAGAAGAUGUCAAAGUACCAGAAGUCCUGGUAAAAAUCAGCAGCACGAGUGAUUUCAAUUUAGAUUCCCUUACAUCAUACUUCAACCACCAACAACCUGGUCCAAACGAUCCCUACAUAUCACCAUCAAAUGAUAUCCUUUCAACUUUAGCAAUUGCAGCUUUGGAGCCUUUUCAAAAAAUGCAUUUGUUUACGAAGCAUAAAUUGCAAUUCAUGAUAAUUGGGAUGAUAAUUUUAUCGAUCCUGUAGAGAUGAGUAAAAAUUUAUACAGGUUUCAUAUACAGCACCAUUUGGAUUGUAUAAAAAAAUUGAAGGAAGAGAUGGGUAA